AUGGAGGGUUCUAACCACCCCUCAUCGUCCCGAAGAGGGUCGAUUGAUAUCAAAGAUGAGACAGAGAGUGCCGCUGUCACUGUCAUCGGAGAGGAGACUUCCGUCAAGAACAGCUCCCAAUCCAGUUCUGCCUCUAGCCAACAUAACGACUGGGCCUUACUUUCGCGGUUCCAACAACAACACGAGCGAGAUUUGAACUCCGGCUUCAAGCGUCAGGAACUGGGUGUCACCUGGCAAAACCUCAACGUGGAGGUGAUCAGCGCCGAAGCUGCUGUCAACGAAAAUGUCUUCUCACAAUUCAAUAUCCCCACCCACAUCAAGGAGUCCCGCAACAAGGCCCCGCUCCGAUCCAUCCUGCACAACAGUCAUGGUUGCGUCAAGCCCGGUGAGAUGCUUCUGGUUCUGGGCCGGCCGGGCUCCGGCUGCACCACACUUUUGAAAAUGCUUGCCAACAAGCGUGGAGGAUACAAGUCGGUGGAGGGAGAUGUUCGAUUCGGCUCGUUGACCUCUGAUGAGGCAAGCAAAUACCGCGGUCAGAUCGUUAUCAAUACUGAGGAGGAAGUGUUCUUCCCCACCUUGACAGUGGGCCAGACCAUGGACUUUGCGACUCGCCUCAAGGUUCCGUUUAAGCUCCCGAACGGCGUUGAAUCUCCCGAGGCCUACCGUGAAGAGUCGAAGAAGUUCUUGAUGGAAGCCAUGGGAAUUUCGCACACCGAGGACACCAAGGUCGGAAAUGAGUAUGUCCGUGGUGUUUCUGGUGGUGAGCGUAAGCGUGUCUCCAUUAUCGAGUGCAUGGCAACUCGCGGAUCCGUUUUCUGCUGGGAUAACAGCACCCGUGGUCUCGAUGCCAGUACUGCCCUGGAGUGGACCAAGGCGAUUCGCGCCAUGACAGACACUCUGGGUCUCUCCACAGUUGUUACUCUCUACCAAGCUGGAAACGGAAUCUACGACCUCUUCGACAAGGUCUUGGUUCUUGAUGAGGGUGAGCAGGUGUACUACGGCCCCCGUGACGAGGCUCGUCCAUUCAUGGAGGAGGCGGGCUUUAUCUGCCGUGAAGGUUCGAACGUUGCCGACUUCCUCACUGGUGUCACCGUGCCCACCGAGCGCCGUAUCCGCGAAGGUUACGAGAAUCGCUUCCCUCGGAAUAAGGACGCGCUUCGGGAGGCUUAUGAGAAAUCAUCCAUCCAUACACGAAUGAUCUCCGAAUAUGACUACCCCACUUCUGACGUUGCUCAACAACGUACCCAAGACUUCAAAGACGGCGUUGCCUUUGAAACCUCUAAGCAGCUUCCUAAAAACAGCCCUCUGACUGUCAGCUUUACCGAGCAGGUGAAGGCGUGUGUUUAUCGGCAAUAUCAAAUUAUUUGGGGAGACAAGGCUACCUUCAUCAUCAAACAAGUUGCAACUUUGAUGCAAGCUUUGAUCGCUGGAUCUCUCUUCUACAAUGCUCCUGACAACUCCGGUGGACUUUUCGUGAAGUCCGGUGCCCUUUUCUUCUCCCUGCUCUACAACAGUUUGCUCGCCAUGUCCGAGGUGACGGAUUCUUUCAGCGGUCGUCCUGUUCUUAUCAAACACAAGGACUUUGCAUACUUCCACCCUGCUGCAUUCUGCUUGGCUCAGAUUACCGCGGAUAUUCCGGUUCUGCUGUUCCAGAUUAGCAUGUUCUCGCUUGUUGUUUAUUUCAUGGUUGGCUUGACCAUGAGUGCUGGAGCCUUCUUCACCUACUGGAUUAUGGUCUUCGCGACUACUAUGUGUAUGACUGCCUUCUUCCGAGCUAUUGGUGCUCUUUUCUCGACAUUCGACGGUGCCUCCAAGGUCUCCGGAUUCAUGAUCUCCGCUCUCAUCAUGUACACCGGUUAUAUGAUCCAAAAACCGGAAAUGCACCCCUGGCUUGGUUGGAUUUUCUGGAUUGAUCCCUUGUCAUACGGCUUCGAGGCUCUGCUUUCCAACGAAUUCUAUGGCAAGGAAAUUCCUUGCGUUGGAACUAACCUCAUUCCCAAUGGUCCUGGCUAUGAGAACUCGCUAUACCAGUCUUGUGCGGGUGUUGGCGGAGCCACUCCAGGCGCUACUUCCGUCUCCGGUGUCGACUACCUAGCUUCGCUUUCUUACAGCCACUCGCAUCUCUGGAGAAACUUUGGUAUCAACUGGGCUUGGUGGGUUCUUUUCGUCGCUGUCACUAUCUUUGCCACAUGUAGGUGGCAGUCCCCCGGCGAGAGCGGAACAUGCUUGGUCAUCCCUCGCGAGCGUCUCAGUGCUCACCAUCAGCCUUCUGGGGGUGAUGAGGAGGCCCAGGUUUCGGAGAAGACUAAACCUUCUGAGAACGAUGCGCGUGAUUCUAGUAAUGACAUCGAGAACCAACUGGUUCGCAACACCUCCGUCUUCACUUGGAAGGACUUGAGCUACACCGUCAAGACACCUUCUGGUGAUCGUCUUCUGCUCGACAAUGUUUACGGCUGGGUUAAGCCAGGUAUGCUGGGAGCUCUUAUGGGUUCCUCGGGUGCCGGAAAGACCACUUUGCUUGAUGUUCUCGCUCAGCGCAAGACUGACGGUACGAUCCAUGGCUCGGUCAUGGUUGAUGGUCGUGAAUUGCCUGUCUCGUUCCAGCGCUCUGCUGGAUAUUGUGAGCAACUUGACGUGCUUGAGCCUUUCGCUACGGUCCGUGAGUCUUUGGAGUUCUCUGCCUUGUUGCGUCAGCCCCGGGAUGUCCCUCGCGAGGAAAAAUUAAAAUACGUUGAUACAAUCCUGGAUUUGCUGGAAUUGCACGACCUUGCCAACACUCUGGUUGGUCGCGUCGGUGCUGGUCUGAGUGUUGAACAGCGCAAGCGUGUCACCAUUGGUGUCGAGCUUGUUUCCAAGCCCAGCAUUUUGAUUUUCCUGGACGAGCCUACCUCCGGUCUCGAUGGCCAGUCUGCCUAUAACACUGUACGAUUCUUGCGCAAGUUGGCCGAUGUUGGCCAGGCCGUCCUCGUUACAAUCCACCAGCCCUCCGCUCAACUGUUUGCUGAGUUCGACACCCUGCUGCUUCUCGCCAAGGGUGGUAAGACUGUCUACUUUGGUGAUAUUGGUGAUAACGGUCAAACUGUUAAGGAUUACUUUACCCGCUACGGUGCUCCUUGCCCAGCUAAUACCAACCCUGCUGAGCACAUGAUUGACGUCGUUUCGGGUCAACUUAGCCAAGGCAAGGAUUGGAACCAGGUUUGGCUCGGAUCUCCCGAGCACGAAAAGGCUCGCCAGGAGCUUGACUCGAUCAUCUCUACUGCCGCAGCCAAACCUCCUGGGACAUUUGACGAUGGACGGGAGUUCGCCACAUCGCUUUGGGAACAAUGCAAGAUGGUCACCACCCGCAUGAGCACUGCCUUGUUCCGUAAUACCGACUACGUCAACAACAAGAUGGCCUUGCACAUUGGUUCGGCCUUAUUCAACGGUUUCUCUUUCUGGAUGAUUGGUGACAGCGUCGCCAGCAUGCAGCUUCGUCUGUUCACGAUCUUCAACUUCAUUUUCGUCGCCCCCGGUGUGAUCAACCAAUUGCAACCGCUCUUCAUUGAACGGCGCUCGAUCUACGAGCAGCGUGAGAAGAAGUCUAAGAUGUACUCAUGGAUCGCGUUCGUCACUGCUCUCGUGGUCUCUGAGAUCCCCUACCUGUGCAUCUGCGCUGUGCUGUACUUCGUUUGCUGGUACUACACCGUCGGUUUCCCCAACGACUCCAGCAAGGCCGGCCCUACCUUCUUGAUCAUGCUUCUCUACGAGUUCGUGUACACGGGUAUUGGUCAGUUCGUCGCCGCUUACGCUCCCAACGCCACCUUCGCAGCCCUGGUCAAUCCCCUGAUCAUUGGUACGUUGGUCUCCUUUUGUGGUGUCUUGGUGCCAUACGCCCAGAUCCAGGCUUUCUGGCGUUACUGGAUCUAUUGGUUGAAUCCCUUCAACUACCUCAUGGGUGGUCUGCUUGUCUUCGACGUAUGGGAUACUCCUGUUAACUGCAAGGAACAUGAGUUGGCCGUUUUCAACACUCCCAAUGGAACUACCUGUCUCAACUACUUGGCAGAUUACAUGGCCACCAUUGGUGCGAACAUGAACUUGCUUAACCCCGACGCUACCGAGGCUUGCAAGGUUUGCGAGUACAAGGAGGGAAGCGACUACCUGAUGAGUCUCAACCUGAAGCACUACUACUACGGCUGGCGCGACGUUGGCAUUGUUGCCAUCUUCGCCUGCAGCUCGUAUGCUCUUGUUUAUUUGUUGAUGAAGCUGCGAACCAAGGCCUCCAAGAAGGCUGAGUAA